UUUACUAGAUUUUAACUGACAUACAAGACAAGUAGGUCCCUUCAAUGACAACUGAUUUAUCAGAGGAAAAGUCUUUAGCAAGUACUGCUUAGCCCACCAUGGACUUUUCUAAAAUAUCUGGUUUUAUCUGUUUAUCUUAGCCCCAAAAAAGACUUCACCUGGAUAGACGUGCAUGAAGAAAGCACAAUAACAUAGCAUCAAAAGGAUUUAUAGUUUCAGACUUUGCUGCUUCCAGUCCUCUACUUUGUUGUCAAUUGCAAAGUGGUGCUGAUAAAUGUGACAUCAAAAUGCAGUCUCACACUUUGGUUUCUGAACAUCAACAACAAAAAAGAAUGGAGGAAGCUGAAUUGCUGAAAGAAAGAUUCCAGGCCAUAACAGACAAAAGAAAACUGCAAGAAGAAAUUACACAGAAACGUCUAAAAGUAGAAGAGGAAAAAAUGAAACACCAACAUUUAAAGAAAAAGGCCUUGCGAGAAAAAUGGCUCUUGGAUGGCUUUAGUUCUAUGACUCCAAAGGAAGAAGAAGAAAUGCAAAAGCAGAAUCAGGAGGACCAACAACGGACUCAUGAGCUGGAACAAGACAUCUUCAGACUGGAGAAGGAAAUUGAGGCUCUGGAAAGACAAGAAAUGGAAGUCUCAGCUAAGGAAGAAGCAAUUCUGAAGAAGCUGAAGUCUGUUGAGAAAACAACAGAAGACAUAAUAAAGUCUGUGAAGACUGAAAAAGCUGGAUUUGAAAAAGAGGGAGCAGACUACAUAUAUGCCAGCAUCCCUGACCUUCCCAAGUAUUUCAGACCUUCUGCACUGAGAAGUACAACACAUGCUGACAUGGAUGAUGAAGAAAAGAGAAAAGCAUUGUUUGCCAUGGAAAUUAAGGUUGAAAAAGACAUGAAGACUGGAGAAAACACAGUGUUAUCAACAAUACCUGUUCCCUCAAAGGAGUUUAAAGAGACAGGAAUUAAAGUCUAUGAUGAUGGCAGGAAGUCCGUUUAUGCAGUGUCCUCAAAUGGGACCACAACACAGAAUGGGAUGGAUGAACUUGCUCCUGUUGAAGUGGAAGACCUGCUACGGCAAGCAACUGAAAAAAAUUCUCAGUCUCCCACAGAGUACCAUGAACCUGUCUUUGCAAAUAAAUUCUGCAGGCCAGUUACUCCUCAGAAAGACAAAUUAAUCCCAGGACCAAAACUGGAAGGUACUGACAAAAGAGAGAUGAAUGGAUUUAGCAAUCAUCAGUCAGGGUUCUGCUCCAAAACAGAGCCCUUUAUGCAGCAAAACAAAGAGAAUGGCCUUGAUCUUCCAAAGGUAAUACAACCAAAGUCUCCCUCUCCAGUAAUUUCUCAUACGGAGAAGAAAGUGCACACUAAUCCUGACAACAGGAUGAUUCAUAAUGAAGAAAGAAAUGCUGCACACGAGGAAUUAAAACCUUACCAGAAUACAAGGGAAAACCAUAGUGAGACCAGGUUUUUAAAUCCCUGUCAUGCUAAUGCAGCACCCCCCACACCUCAGGAUGAGGAAGAUGUUCGGUACAACAUUGUGCAGGCUGUGCCUUGUUACGUGGAUGAGUCCGAACCUGUCACGAUGGUUUUCAUGGGUUACCAGCGCGUUGACGAUGACGACGCAGAAGCAAACCAGAAGCUGGCCCCGUACGAUGGGGUUAUCCAUGCAGAACUGGUUAUCAUUGAUGACGAGGAUGAAGACGACAGCAAAUCUGAGAAACCAGCAUAUCAUCCCGUAGGCCAUUACAGUCAAGUUUAUCAGCCACCAAACAGGAAAACCACAGAAGCCCAACAGACAAACCCUGUGAGCAGUCUGGGUCCAAGCCUGGACAAGGUACCCCACAAAAAUUCCAUCUCCCUGCAAGAACAAGAGGAACGCUUAAGCUCACCGACCCACCAUGCGCAUCUUCACAGCCAGAUGUCUGGAGAUGGUACAGAAGAUCCCUCACUAACAGCUCUGAGGAUGAGGAUGGCAAAGCUGGGGAAAAAAGUCCUCUAACAGCUGUAAUGACAUGGAAGUAAAAUUUACCACUCAAAGCAGAUAAAACUAAGAAGACUUGCUUCCACAUACUUUUUCUGGAUCAUAAUGCUUGUUUUGCUAUUCUGUUUCAUGGGCUGUUUUGCCCUCUGCAUAAUGCAAUGGACUUUAACAGACUUUCAGAUUUGACCAACUGCCACACGCACACAUAUCUCAUCCUGGAUUUUGUUAAAAGUAGUGGGAAGUUACCUAAGGCCAUAAAUGCAGUGUAUAUACAAGUAUGAAGACAUGUGCAUACCUGUUCUCACAAUCAGAAAUAUGCUGUUGCUGUAUACACAGAGCAGAUAAACACCUAUCUCCAUGGAACUUCAUGGGACAUUGUUUCACAUUAAAGUGUGCCAAUCUAUCUGAUUUUGACUGAAAAUGCUGUUCCAGCAUGAUUUUUGUAAAAGCAUUGGUUAAUAAAAAGCAAAAUGUGAGAGAGGAGCAGGAAGAAAUGUAAAUAUAAAACAUGCUUACCAAUUAUACUACCUUGGAUGAAAUGUAAAGCAUUCCUUUUUAAGUGAUAGCAGAACAAACAAAAAACAAUUAAGCCAGCAUAUUUAAAUAUUUAGCCCCCUUCUAGACCUCCACAGUCCAUUCUCCCUUCUAUGUUACAUAUGACAGUGUAGCCAUCCUCACACCCUGCUCUCUUUGCCAUCCCACAAACACGCUGCCCACCCACAACCUCACAGAUCAAUCCUAUGCAUAAUAACAUGAACAGCCUGACCUCCUGAGCAUGUUUUCACCUCCCAGCCUGCUGAGAAAGCUCUGCUUUUCCAAGAAACUGGUUGCCAGACAGGCAGUGCUGUCCAUCAAAAAAACCAAACAAACAAAAACCCAACCAAAACAAACAAACAAAAAACCCCCAACAACAGAAAAGGACUCCAACAGCCAUACUGUUUAGGUUUCAGUGGGCUGGAGAGCUAAAAUCAGGCAAGCCUCCCACCAGAAAUGCUGAGUUGCCAGUAGCUUGUCCUGCAGCUGAAUACAAAGAUCUGUUACAGAUCUUUGUCUGGUGCAAACACUGCUGGGCACGGUUCUCCAGCAAGUUUCAAGGCUCCCACCAAAAAGCAGUUUAAUUCUUUCCACAUGGUAGAGGAGUUAAGGGCCCUAAAAGCAGGUUCAAUCACACAUAGAGAAAUCACAUCCAAGUCACAUUUUCCAGUACAUAGUUCUUGGGGAGAAAAAGUGCCUCAUAGCACACUACACCAUUAUGACUCAAAUCAGUACAACAGCUUUAAUUUACCAGGUCUUAGCCUCAUUUGUAACACUAAACAGAUAAAGCUCAUGUUGUGUUCUUCUGGUAUAGCGGACUCUAAUUAUACACAAGUAAAAAAAAAAAAAAAAAAAAAAAAAAAAAAAAAAAAACCCAAAAACACCAAAAAACCCUAUAAUUUUUUGCUGGUAUUCUUUCCAAAGCAGGAAAUUGAAGUUACUACCUCAUAGUGGGGCAUGAUGGUAGUAAUUGACUGAUUUGUCACCUCUAAACAUUUGGUGGCUCCCAGUCUGAUGUGGGUAAUCAUCUCAAAUUUUAAGACUUGUCAGAAACUGUUACCUGGAGAGUGGAAUAGUAAAUGAGAAUAAAUAAAUUUUAUUACAGUACA